AUUAGAAGAAGAAAAAGGGAAGCAAAAAUACAUCCUUCCUCGGGUGCUUCCAACCAAUUUGAAUUGGCGUUGAUUAUCCAUCCAAUCCAUCAUAUGCACUACAACUCCAACUAGCACAGCAGCACUACUUUUCUGACCACAAAAGUCAAAAAGUCAAACCAUCUCACCUUUGAAUUAUGGAGCCACCGGCGUUCGAAGCCGCCGAGAAAAUCAUUCUCCGGUGGGACUCCACCGCCUCCGAAGACGCUCGCGACCGCAUGAUCUUCGACGGCGAUCGCUACGAGAUCAACUCUUACUUACAAGCCGUCGACGACGUUCAACGCUCUAUGGAAUCCACGACGCUCUCCGACGAUCAAUCGAAAGCCAGCACGGCGAUCCAGAUUGCUAUGGCCAGGUUAGAAGAUGAGUUUCGUAACAUACUCUUAGCGAACGCUAAUCCGAUUGAAAUUGAUGCGUUGUUAGAUAUUAAUGUGUUGAAUUUGAGUCAGUCUAGUCAUUCGUUGCGUACGGAUAGUAGUUCUGGUGAUUUUACGGAGGAUAAUGUUAGUGGAAAUGAUGAGUGUUUACAGGAUUUAGGUGCGAUUGAUCAGAGCCGGAGGAGCACGUCGAGUUAUAGAUCUAUGUUGAGUAUUAGGGAACUCGAUUUGGUUCCGAUGGAGAUUGUUACUGAUCUGAGGAGUAUCGCAGAGAGGAUGAUUUCGGCUGGAUAUGUGAGGGAGUGUGUGCAGGUGUAUGGGAGUGUGAGGAAGUCUGUGGUGGAAUCGAGUUUUCGGAGAUUAGGAAUUGAGAAGUUGAGUAUUGGUGAUAUUCAGAGGCUGGAGUGGGAGGUGUUGGAGGUGAAGAUUAGGCGGUGGAUUAAGGCUGCCAAAGCGUGUGUGAGGAUAUUGUUUGCGAGUGAGAAGAGGUUGACGGAGCUUAUAUUUGAAGGUUUGGGAUCGAAUACUGAUGAUGCUUGUUUUAUGGAGACGGUUAAAGGCCCUGCGAUUCAGCUGUUUAAUUUCGCAGAAGCUAUAAGUAUUAGUAGGAGAUCGCCUGAGAAGUUGUUUAAGAUUUUGGAUCUUCAUGAUGCUUUGUUGGAGUUGUUGUCUGAUGUUGAGGUUGUGUUUUCUUCGAAAUCAUCGGAGUCCAUUAGGAUUCAGGCGGAGGAGAUUCUGUCUAGGCUGGCAGAGGCAGCUAGAGGGAUAUUAUCAGAAUUUGAGAAUGCUGUUCUUCGUGAGCCUUCGAAAGUUCCUGUUCCAGGAGGUACGGUUCAUCCUUUGACUAGAUAUGUCAUGAAUUAUAUAAGUUUGAUAUCUGAUUAUAAGGAAACUUUAUUUGAGUUGAUUGUGUCUAAGCCGGUAACUGGGUCUAGAUAUUCAGAAGAUUUAACUACACCUGAUAUGGAUUUUGGGGAAGUGGAGGGGCAAAUUCCAUUGGCACUUCAUUUGAUAUGGAUCAUUGUGAUUUUGCAAUUUAAUGUAGAGGGUAAAUCUAAGCAUUACAGAGAUACAUCUUUGGUUCAUUUGUUUGUCAUGAAUAAUGUGCACUACAUUGUUCAGAAGAUAAAAGGGUCUCCUGAACUAAGAGAAAUGAUUGGAGAUUUUUAUUUGAAGAAAUUGACGGGUAAAGUUAGGCAGGCUGCUACUAGCUACCAGAGAGCAACUUGGGUAAGGGUGUUGCACUGUUUGAGAGAUGAGGGACUACAUGUCACUGGUAGUUUUUCAGCUGGGGUGUCUAGGAGUGUUUUAAGAGAGCGGUUUAAGGCCUUUAAUGCAAUGUUUGAGGAAGUUCAUAGAACUCAGGCUACAUGGUUGGUUCUAGAUACGCAGCUUCGCGAAGAGCUUCGUAUAUCCAUUUCUGAAAUAUUAAUUCCAGCUUACAGGUCAUUUCUUGGUCGUUUCAGGACCCAUAUAGAAAGUGGGAGGCACCCUGAAAAUUACAUUAAGUAUUCUGUGGAGGAUCUUGAAAAUGCUGUCUUAGAUUUCUUUGAAGGAAACCCUGUGUCCCAACUUUCACGAAGGAGAUCUGGUUAAAAGGGUGCAUUGAUUUUACCUUUAAAAGUCUAGGACCAAAUUCUUUGAUUUUUCUCCCUACAUACAAGUCAUUGGUAAUUGGUUUGAGGUAUAUGCUUGGAAUUCGUGAGCUCUCAUACUCCCACUCUUAUACCUUAAAAGAUCGGCCAUCAAAUCUUUUAAGGGCGUACGAUGAAAAAGAUCAAUAUUCUAGAGUGAUCGGCUUGAAGUUCUCAAGAAUGGACCAAUGUACCUGUACACUUUUGCCCCGUAAGCUUGUUGUUGUUUGCUAUAUCUUCUAUAGUUUCCACUACUGUUCUGUUUUUGUUUCAUUUGUUAAUAUGUGAAUUGUUGUAUAAGUUCUGCUCUGAUGUGUUUAAUGCAAUAAUUAUUUUAGACAAAAUAAUCUCCGUCUCGGGUUCAAAAAUAUAUAAAUUAAGAAUUCAUAUUUCUGUAUAAAGCAUUAAGAAAUCUGUUAUUAAAUACCA